UAUCGCCUCGAUAGCGGUGACGUUCAACCCCCGGACAUGUCAGGAGCGAACCACUCCUUUCGUCAGAUCCGCCCUUCACCGAGGGUAGGGAAGCCCUCGGCCAAUGAGGUACGCUUUCCAUAUAGCGGGAUCAAAAUCGCAUCGGUGCUUGGCAUCAAAAAGUCUCGACUACGAUGACUGUCAGUCACAUUUAACCCCGGUAUCAGUCUACAGCGUGCCGUCGCAGAGCCAGAAAGUGAUGCCGUAAAACGCGGAAGAGUAACCGCUCGAAAAGUGAACGUCCGGCUUUGAGAAAAAAUCCCAUUGUGUGCGCGUCAAAACUAUUCCGACUCUCGCUCUAACUUUUUCAAUGACUGUACAAUAACAAUCACGAAAGGAUGCAAAAUCAGGAGUCACAGAUGCCGCACAUGCCAGUUCCACCACCAAAGAUGCCGGCUUCCUCAAGCCGCAUUCUUUAUGAUAUACCCUGUAAGGUAUGCCGGGAUCACUCCUCGGGAAAGCAUUACGGCAUAUUUGCCUGCGACGGAUGCGCCGGCUUCUUCAAACGAUCGAUUAGAAGGAACCGUCAAUACGUGUGCAAAGCGAAAUCCGAAGGAGGUUGCAUGGUCGAUAAAACUCAUCGCAAUCAAUGUCGUGCCUGCAGAUUGGCAAAAUGCAUUCAGGCCGGCAUGAACAAAGACGCUGUGCAACACGAACGAGGUCCACGGAACUCGACACUUCGCAGACAAAUGGCUCUAUACUUUAACAAGGAACCUGAAAUUAUGAGUAGCAUGGUAGCACCGUCAGCGGCUUUAGAUCUUGUUCUACCUAAAGCGCCAUCGGAAACACGCGUCUCUAUGCCUGGACCAUCUCCUCAUCCUUCUCUUUCACAUCCGGCUUAUUGCAAUGCGUUGACAAUAUCGAAGAUAUCACCGAAUAUUCCGAAUCUACAAUUGCCGUUUAUACCCUCGAUCAAUCCUGAAUCUAUAUGCGAGCAGGCCGCGAGGUUACUCUUCCUGAACGUGCAUUGGGCGCGUAAUUUGGUGGCGGAAACGAAUCUCACCAUGGAGGACCAGCUGACGUUGCUCGAGUCUUCCUGGCGUGAGCUAUUUCUGUUGGCCGCUGCGCAAAUGAUACCGACCCUGGACCCCACGCCUUUGUUACCACCAAGUCCUCAGAGUAUUGGGCUCGCGAUCGAGGUGACCCAUUUCCGUGAGACUUUGGCCGGCUUUCACGCAAUGAAUCUGGACCAACAAGAGUUCGCCUGCAUUAGGGCAAUGGUGCUGUUCAAAGCCGGUUUAGACAGUGAACCAGUGUCGAGCAGUAGGAGCACAAGCAGCUGUAACUCACCUAGCCCCGGAAGUCGGCUCAGGGAUCCCGGCUUUGUUGCCCAAUUGAGAGACAGUGCGCAAUUGGCUUUAGGUCAGCGACUUGGAACGUCCUACGGAACUCUCAGGUUCGGUAAGCUGAUGCUGCUACUGCCUACCCUGCGCUCCGUAUCUGCGCAUGCUAUCGAGGAACUUUUCUUUAGGGCGACUAUCGGUGUGAUCCCGAUCGAAAGGAUCAUCUGCGAUGUAUAUAAAGCGUCCUAACGCGACAAAUUCAUUUGUAAAGCAAUAUGAAACUUGAAAAGAAUCUCCCAAAGCAUUUAUUUGUUAUGUUUUUGUUCUCGCUUAUAUUAAUAUUAUAUAAUAA